AUGAAGGGCCGUCGGCGGUGGUGCUGGCGGGGGGAGCACCGCCGCUUGGCGCUGCUGCUGGCGCUCUACACGCUGCUGCUGCUGCUGGUGGUGCCCUACGUGCUGGACUACGGAGCCCGGCGGGCGCGGGCGGACGAGGAGCCGCUGCUGCGGCGCUGCCCCAGCCUGGAGGAGGCGCUGAGCGAGUGGGGCUGGGAGCAGCGCCCGCCGCCACCCGGCGACGACGACGACGACGACGAGGAUGCGGCGGCGGCGGCGGGGAACGGCAGCGGGGCGGGCAAGCGGCACAUCUACCUGCACGCCACCUGGCGCACGGGCUCGUCCUUCCUGGGGGAGCUGUUCAACCAGCACCCCGACGUCUUCUACCUCUACGAGCCCAUGUGGCACCUGUGGCAGGCGCUGUACCCCGGCGACGCGCUCAGCCUGCAGGGCGCCCUGCGCGACAUGCUGCGCGCUCUCUUCCGCUGCGACUUCUCCGUGCUGCGCCUCUACGCCGCCCCCGCCGCCCCUCGCGACCCGCUGGGCGCCGCGCCGCCCGCCGCCAACCUGACCACGGCCGGCAUCUUCGGCUGGCGGACCAACAAGGUGAUCUGCUCGGCGCCGCUCUGCCCCGCCGCGCCGCGGCCGCGCCGCGAGAUCGGCCUGGUGGACGGCGCCGCCUGCGAGCAGCGCUGCCCGCCGCGGGCGCUGCGCGAGCUGGAGGCCGAGUGCCGCAAGUACCCGGUGGUGGUCAUCAAGGACGUGCGGCUGCUGGAGCUGGGCGCGCUGCUGCCGCUGCUGCGGGAGCCCGGCCUCAACCUGCGCGUGGUGCAGCUUUUCCGCGACCCGCGCGCCGUCCACAACUCGCGCCUGAAGGCCAAGCAGGCGCUGCUCCGCGAGAGCAUCCAGGUGCUGCGCAGCCGGCACCGCUCCGAGCCCCGCGGGCCGCCCCGCCCGCAGCAGCCUCCGCUCCCGCCCGGCCUGGGGCUCCUGGGCGCCGGGCGGGCCCCCGCGCAGCACCGCGCCGAGUUCUUCCUCGGCGGAGCGCUGGAGGUGAUCUGCCAAGCGUGGCUCCGCGACCUGCUGCUGGCCCGCCGCAACCCCGCCGCGCUGCGCCGCCGCUACACGCAGCUGCGCUACGAAGACCUGGUGCGGGAACCCCGCGCGCAGCUGCGCCGCCUGCUGCGCUUCGCCGGCCUGCCCGUGCCUCCCGCCAUGGAGGCCUUCGUGGUCAACAUGACCCGCGGCGCUGCCUACUCCUCCGAGCGGCCCUUCCUCAUCUCCGCCCGCGACGCGCGGGAGGCCGUGCACGCCUGGAGGGAGCGCCUCAGCCGCCAGCAGGUGCGGCAGGUGGAGGCGGCGUGCGGCGAGGCCAUGAGCCUGCUCGCGUACCCGCUCAGCGCCGGGGAGCGGCGGUAGAGGAUGGAUGGAGAUCCUCUGGCAGCCAGCGAGGGGCGAGGAGGCCGUGUGUGGCGUGGCCGUCGGGCGGCAAGAUCUGAGCGUCUGCUCUGAAGGAGCGUUGGGGACGGCCGCCAAGCUUUGAGGGGACAGCAGGGAUGCGCUUCUGAGAGUUCUGAGGUUUUUGGUAGGAGAGGUCCUCACUGGACAGCAUCGAGCUCCAAGGCCUACUGGACAUGAAACUGACGUACCAAGAGUUGUAAGUUCUUAAAACUUGUAUUAAAUUGAUAAAGACUUUGAGCAAACACUCAGAAAACUCAUGCAAGAGCAUCGCCCUUUCCAGAGCAUAAAACACAUCUGGUUACACACUGUUACAACACGUGAAGAAAGAAUUUGUGGAACUCCCUGUGGGAUUUGGCUGCCCAUGCCUGGCAGGAGCCGCUCUGCCUAUGGUCUAAUUACCCUACAGGCACUGCCCGUACCUCCCUCAGCUCCCACCUGCAGCUGUGCCCUCCGAGCACUGGGAGGAGCAACAUGAGCAUUUGUCUGCUUCUGUGUCUUGAGGACAUCUGUUCCAGAAAGUCUGCACUUUUCUAAACUAGACUGUAAUCCUUUUUUAAAGAGAAGUGUUCUAAGAAACUGAUAGGUGUGAUACCAGUGGCGAACGUGCUUUUUGCAGAUUCCUUUAGAAGUGACAUUAUCUGGGAGGUGAAUGCUUGACAUUUCCAUUUUGUUUUCUCAGUCAGCUGAGAGAAUGCUUUUCUAUCCCAGCUUCCUGGCUGAGACAAUGAGCUGCAGAGCUCCCAUGCUCACAUCCCCUCCCAGCGAUAACAUCCUCUCAGCUGUAGCUCCUGCAUGUGGACAGAGCAAACACUGCCACGCAAGGCUGAGCAAUCCAUCCUGGCAAAAGAAGUCCCCAACUAAAACACAAAGCUCUCGCUGAUGCAGAAUCCACCGAGGAAUGCUGGAGUGGUCGUGGAGAAUGGUGGCAAAGUCACUUAUGGAAGAGAUGUGGUGUUGCAUUGCUCUGCUUGGUGCUGUCCCUGUUCACUGAAUAUGGUGAAAAGUUCUGAGUUUCUACAUGAAAUUCUCUUCACACAUCACUACUGCAGCUUUCAGUAAGCCAGAUUAUGAAAACCAGUGCAGAACUCCUGGGUUUAUUAUGGUCAUGCAAUUGGACAACAUUUUGGCGAGGAACAGAGCUCUGUAGACCCAAAGGCAUUGAAGUGGUGGUUUCUGCAAGCAUGGGACUUGAGGUACUGCCUGCCAGUGAUGCUGUCUUUGGCACCAGGCAAGUGUGGCUUCCAUCACCAAGCUGUUGUGCCCUGCUGAUGACCUGCACGCUGUUUCUUGGUGUUAGUGAACAGCAAUCAGGGCUUUCCCCGAUGCCGCCAAGUUUUUCUCCCUGUUUCUAACUGUCUAACUUUGACAAACUUUAACUGUAUUUAGGCUGAAUCUUUUCCUGUUGGGCUCGAGGUUUGAUUCUCUUUGGGGAACUUAAUUCAGUGGAGUGCAUCUUCUUUAAAAUCAGGGUUGGGAUGUAGUGGUGUUGCACCCACAUCCAACUGCUCUCAGAGAUGGCUCUGUGAGGUCAUUUUGUCACUGUGGCACUGUGGGAGAAGUUUGGGCUGGGGGAAUGACUUCCAUGUAAGCAAUGCACGUGUUUGGUUUUUACUGUUACUACUCUCAGUUGGCCAAAUCUUUGCAAAAAAACUGUUAGCAUGUGCUAGUAAAAGUGUUUUUUUUA